AUUAAUAUUUGAUAUUUUUUUAAUUCAAUUGAAAAAAAUAAAUAAUUCGUAAAAAAUGGGUUCUCUCAAUACUAAUUGGACUGAUCCAAAACCAAGAUGUCUGCGCCCAUGAUUUGUGUGCCAGGUCAGAGACUGUGCAGGGAAGAAGUCAAUAUUUCUGCAGGUCGGGGAACAUAUACCAGAAAUGGUUUCAUCUAUUCAUCACUUGCGGGCGCAUUGUUAACUUCUACAUCUGAUGACAGCAAGAAAGUGGUCGAGGUAUUAAGAGGUGCUGAUGAGAACAUUGUCCCGACAGUUGAUGCUCUUGUUACUGCAAAGAUCACCAAUGUGAAUCCCAGAUUUUGCAAGUGUGCAAUCAUCAAAGUUGGAAAGACAGACCUGAAAGACUCGUUCAGGGGAAUGAUCAGAAGAGAAGAUGUCAGAGCCACAGAAAAGGACAAGGUGGAGAUGUCAAAAAGUUUCAGGCCAGGUGACAUAGUCAUAUCAAGAGUUAUUUCCCUUGGUGACUCUCAGAGUUACCUUCUCACAACUGCAGAAAACGAGCUUGGGGUUGUCAUAGCAACCAGUGAGGCUGGUGCAAGCAUGGUACCGGUCAGUUGGUCCAAGAUGCGUUGUCCAUUGACUCUACAGGAAGAACACAGGAAGGUUGCAAAGGUCCAACCCAGGUUUAUAGAAGCUACGGGAACAUAGAGAUAUCAUCAUUUAUUAUUUGUAUUUUGAUUGUAAUUUGUUUUGAAAUUUGAAAUAAAUGUUGA